UAGGUGGGUGGUACAAGUCUAAGUAACAUCUACAUGCCAGGUCCAAAAGUUUCCCAGCACAACACUGAAUUGUCACAAGACGGUCAACGAUAUUUGCUUGUCCUGUCAGUGCUCAUACUGUUAUGCCUUUCUAGGUGUAGCCUGCCGUUAACUCUAAUAAAAUACUAUAACUGUUUUGUUUGUUGGUUGCAGAGUUUGUAUAUCACCACCAUGCUACAAUCCCUUUGACCAUAUUUAAAGAUUAGGUUAUGGAGAAAGGACAGAAACCUGGAAAAACUGAGGAAGAGAGGCAUCUUCCGAGGCAAGCAGUUCUGGCCAAACAGGGAGAGUCUGUGGAGUCAGACACUGAGAGCUUGGCCCAGGAGAGAGCGUACCAGCAGCUUCAAAUACGUGUCGGCCAAUAUGAUCAAAUCAAAUCAAUAUCUCAAAAGGAGAAUGCUGAUAAUUCACAACAGGGACUCGGGGCCGAAGAAGACUCAAGUGAAGAUGAUCUUGAGAUGUAUGAUAGUCUAGAGGUAUCAGUCCACCCCCAAACCAAGAUGAAUCCCAACCAGUUACAUGCUGAAUAUUUGGAAGCACAGACAGUAGAAAGUCAAAGAACACGCCAGCUGCUCCCUGAUGAUUCUUAUUCUGACCUCCGCUAUGACCCCAACUGGAGGAACAACCUGGAGGGAGCUGGACGCUUCAACGAGAGCCCGAGGAUUCCUGACGAUGAGCGUUACCGAAACCACGCAGAGUCACGCGGUCAUUCACGUGGUGACGGGGAGGGACUGGCAGGGAGAGCGGCCUACUUCAUCGCCACAAGUUCAGCUCCUGUGGUGGCGUCCUCUCCCCGCUGUGCAGACCGAGCUUUACAGCUUAGCUCAUCAGACACUGACCUUUCAGGGCCAUUCAUCGUUUCCUCUAUAAACAAAAGUCACACCAGUUGGAAGAGAGUCGUUGGCGAGGACAGUGACACUAAGUAUGACCAUGUUAACCUGACAGCUGACAUACAGGCCAUGCAUAUCCGAGACCUUCAGACCCAAUAUCAAAACGAACUUCGUCACACGCAAAAGGCGCCGACUCAAACGCAGCAAAGGAGCACGUCCUCAUUGACAGCUCAUAAGGUUUCGUCAAAUGGAAAACUUGGAGUCUGGGCAGAGGAUAUAGUGGAACGCAACAAAGUGACCCUGGGCCGCGACCAGUCUAAAUGUGGCUCCUAUCUGAAGGCGUACGGACUUAAGAAGGGGAUGGCCCAUAAAGAGAGAAAGGUGCAAAGAACUGUUAAGGAAACAGCCGGCGCUGAAUGUCAGAAAGAUAGUUCUGCUCCAAAGACAAGGUUUCUCCAGAAAACACAAGUGAAGGUCCCUCAGAUCAACAAAGAGAAGAAGGAAAUACCCAAACGGUCUGGAAAGCCGCAGCCUCCUGCCCUGGGGGUCAAGGCUGAGCAUGAAGACUCUGUCAUCUCCCCAAUAGAACAACCAGACCCCAGGGCUCAGCCCAAGCCUCGGAAAACAACCUCAUCGCAGCAGUCCUCUCCUACGAUCCACCUCAACAUCCAUCUCAAUACUUCAUCGCAUCUCCUUCCACUACUUCAGCAGACGGGCCACGAUGCCAUUAUCAACUUAGCAUCCCUUCAAGGGUAUACUCAUUGGAACUCUGCAUCUGAAAUUGCCCUGUACCCAGGGUAUCAGCAAACACAAUCAGAAAGACCGACCAAAAUGCCACAGGAACUUGAACAAUGGCAAAGGAAAUCUGCAUUGAUGUGGCCGUCGUCGUCUGAAGUGAAGGACCAGAGGUGGAGUCCGAAUGAGGUUCACACAAAGCAAUUUGCAGAAAACUUUCCUAGGACGCCCACCCCUCUGUCACAGGGUUUGGGAUCCCACGCAGUUCUGCCCCCCAUAGGAAAGCCAACAACAGACAGAAGGUCUGAGCCGAGCCGUGGUGAGGACGUGAACGUGUCCCACCCCAUCCACAAAAGCAACUCUGGUGGCUACCUGGUUCAAAUGGAAAAGAAGAAGCAGAUGAGGGAAAGGGUGACUUACAAGGCAUACAGUUUGAAAGACUACAAGCAGCUGAAGUCAGAUAUCAAACUGCAAGGCCUCGGUCCUGACUACGCAGCCACCGAAAAGACAGCUGAGAAAAUGAAACGACAGAAGCUGUAUUCAAGUGUGAUCCGUGAGCAGAACAAAAAGAUAAGUAGGAUUCCCUUCCCUCCGACCAAGGACGCGGAAAGCAGUGACAAGAAAUUUCCCAGGAUGAAGGCCCUGGAGUAUGCCAAGACCAUAGCCAAACCCCCUGUACAGUCACAACCAAAGCAGAGGCAAAAACACCAGCCUGAAGGCUUCGUUGGACACGUGCCUUACUUGGAGGGCUUGGAUGUGACUCAGCUGGCCAUGCUGGAACUCCUUAGAAAACGACACGAAGAGGAGAAGCGAGCCGUGGCGCUCUUUAGAAAAGUACAUGCUGUCUGAGGCGAGGUGCAGUUCACAUGUACAGUAUAGUCUAUGGAACACGCGCUCUGACUGGCAGUUCUGUUUGAGGACGGAGGACACGACCUGCAGCUUCAUCAUGAUUGGCCUGGCACGACAUCGGCAUUUUCGCACAUAUUUCAAAAAUAAUUAUGGUAAAAUAGACUAGAGAAGAUUGUCUCGUUGGAGAGCGCCAAAUGUGGUAUGUGAUGAGAAGAGAUAACCUGAUGGGAAAAGCACUAGUAACAUGUUUAUGCUUUGCAUUAGUGUGGACAAGAACAAUCAAACAAAAACAGUCCUAUUUAUAUUUUCUACAUCUGGGUGUUUACGUGGUACAUUUAGUCGUAGUUGAGAAGGACUUGAGCAGUUUGAAAUCAGGGCUACAAGUCCCCUUGACUGUACCAAGUUAUAUCAAUGCUCUAUAACAAUUUGGAUUCCCCCUACAACAUAAUGUUAGUUACCUUUGGAAGAGUCACCAUGAUGACAUUGUACACUGUCUCGUAGAUAUAAACGUUGGAAGCAUUAUUGCUGGUGGUGUAAUUUUAUUCUAAGAAGUUCUUAGGCUCCUUGUCUCUCGCAGUGAGAGCUGCUCUACAUUAAAUCACCGUACCUCAACACUGCACCUAAUAUCUUCUGUUUUCCGUUGGAGGGGACUUUAAGGUAUCUGGCGUGAAGCUCAGGACGUCAUAACUUAGCUGUUUGAAGGUGAUGUUAAGAAUGGCCUCUAGGACUCACUUGCAACCAAAUGCAAUGCAGCUAGAAUGUGCGUGAACACCUCCAAACUGGAGACCAUGGUUUUCUCUCAAAAAAGGAAGGUAUUCUCCCUUCCAGAAAGAAACGAGUCUAUCCGGGCAUUAGGAGUUUAUUUAUCUCAGGUACCGUGAGAUUGACUGUAGGGUGGGCACAGCUUUUGCAGUGAAGAGGAAGCUAAGAUCUAAGGCAAAGCUCUUGAUUUGCCUGUCGGCCUGAGUCUUUACCCUCACCUGUGGUCAUUACCUUUGGGUAGUUGCUGAAAGAGCAAUGGCUGCCAAUAGAAGUGACUGUAAUGAGCAUUUUCUGAAGGGUGGCCGGGCUUUCUGUCAAGGACCGGGUGAGAAGUUCGCUAACCUGCCAAAGAAUAAACACAUUUCUUCUCCAUAUUGACAGUAGCCAGUUGAAGUAGUUUGGGCACCUGAUAAGGAUGUAUUCCUCCUUUUAGAAAUCUGUCACACCCAACAGGUCUACAUCAACAGGUCUACAUCAACAGGCCUACAUCAACAGGUCUACACCGAGCCGCCAAUGAAGGGGUUUAUAUUGCGAGCUGAUGUGUUGUUCUGUAAUUAUGGAAUUAAAAGACUAGAUGGCGACCACUCAGUUUCUCAGUGUACUUCACACGCGUUGCCUCAACAUGUGGUUCCAUUUCUCGGGAGCUGCACAUCAGGUAGAACAUAGCUCAGUAGCCUACGCUGAAGGCACGUCAAACCUGUCCCGUAGAAAUGACGUGAAACUACAACUCGGCCAUAAGAAGUCAGAUAAAUAUCAGCUGUCAAGGCUUUCCAAUGGCCGAGAUGUCUGAAGACGAACGCUCCGUUCCUGCUUGACAUGUGGAUAACAUCAGUUUAUGACUGAAGGAACCAAAAGGCUA